ACAAACAAAAACAAAAACAAAAGAUAUGGGUGCCAAAUGGAACUCAAUGAUUGCAAUAUUAUUUGUGGUGGCGAUGAUAACGGCAAUGAAACAAGUCAAUGGAGAAACAUUGCAACAAUGCCAUGAAGAUUGCAUUCAAAGUUGUGCCACCACCGGCGCACUUCCGUACAUAUGCCUCCAGAAUUGUUACCGUGGAUGCCGCGGCUUAUCACCUUCUAUAAAAGUGGGAGCGAACGCAUAGAAUAGAAGAAAUAAAGUCAUGAAUCAGUGUUUGGAUUCUUGGGACUUUCAAAUUGCUUCUACUUCUAUAUCCUUAUGGCAUCAACUGUGUAACCCUAUUAAAUAAAUAAAAAU